AGAAAUUAUAUGUUUGAAUGUUCAAAAUUCGCCCUUUCUUGCGAACUUGGAUGUUUUAUUAGGAAACCCACUUUCCCUGCCAGCUUAGUUUCUUUGCCUUUCUAUUUUUCUGUUUGUAGAAAUAUGGUUUGGAGCUGCUUCGGUUGCAUUGGAAGCCAGCAAAAUAAACCAGAGAUCAGUUUCAGAGACAACAAGGAUUAUCCAUGGGAAAUCUACACUCUCAAGGAGCUGCUUCAAGCCACAAAUAACUUCAGCAAAGAGAACAAAAUUGGCGAGGGAGGAUUUGGAAGUGUUUAUUGGGGUCGAACAAGCAAAGGCGUUGAGAUAGCAGUGAAACGACUUAAGGCGAUGACUGCAAAGGCGGAGAUGGAGUUUGCAGUUGAAGUGGAGAUUCUGGCUAGGGUUAGACAUGAAAAUCUGUUGGGUUUGAGGGGAUUCUACGCUGGUGGAGAUGAAAGACUUAUUGUAUAUGAUUAUAUGCCAAACCAUAGCUUACUUUCCCAUUUGCAUGGCCAAUUAACUAACCAACUUCUGUUAGAUUGGCAACGAAGAGUGAACAUAGCCAUCGGGGCGGCCGAAGGUUUAUCGUACUUGCAUCACGAGGCUAGACCUCACAUAAUACACAGAGAUAUAAAGGCAAGUAAUGUUCUCUUGGACUCGGAUUUCGAAGCAAAAGUUGCAGAUUUUGGUUUUGCAAAGCUUAUACCCGAUGGGGUCUCUCAUUUAACCACAAGGGUUAAAGGGACUUUAGGUUAUUUGGCUCCCGAAUAUGCCAUGUGGGGAAAGGUUGCUGAAAGCUGCGAUGUGUACAGCUUUGGGAUUUUACUGAUAGAGAUUGUUAGUGCUCGAAAGCCACUGGAAAAGCUUCCAAAUGGCACAAAACGGGACAUUGUUCAGUGGGUCACUCCAUAUGCUCAAAAGGGAGAUUUUGAUCACAUCGUGGAUCCACGUUUGAAGGAAAACUACAACAUUGAAGAGCUGAAAUCUAUUGUGAGUAUUGCCUUGAGAUGCACUGAUGGGAAUGCUGAGAGUCGGCCGAGCAUGAAAGAAGUGGUUGCUUGGCUUAAAGAUGGCCUGAGGAGCAACAAAAAGAAUAAUAAUAUGGCUGAUCAUGAGAAAAUUAAUGAAGAAGAUGAAGAAAAUGAUGUGAAUGACACAGAUUAUGAGGAGCUUGGGAAACACCAAUUUGAUGGUGAAACUUGGGAUGAAUCCAAGUGGAGGUGAAAAUAUUUGAGAUUGAUUUUAAUUUCAACUACUUUUGGUAAAUUUUUAGAGUUGGGUUUUUCAAGUGUAAGAGUAUUUUGUAUUUAUAUAAGUGAUGUAAUUAAUUAAUGGAAAUGGAUGGAAAAAAGGAAAAAGAAAAAAGAGGACAAAUUUGACUUGGUGUUUUCUUUUUUUAUGUACAAAUGGAUGGCGUUAUAAGGGUACUUUUCAUGCACCCAUCAUCUCCAUUUUAUUA